UGAGCGGAAGUGGCAGGCAGACUCCCAUGGCAGGGUGCUUGAAGCUGGCGUGUGCUUCCCUCCAGCGUCAGGGCUUCCACACUGCAGGGUGUUACUACAAGGGCCGGACAGGUGCUGAGCACCUAUGGCUGAGUCGGCAUUUAAAGGACCCCUUUGUGAAGGCUGCGAAGGUGGAGAGUUACCGCUGUCGAAGUGCCUUCAAGCUUCUGGAGAUGAAUGAGAGGCAUCGGAUUCUGUGGCCUGGCCUCCGUGUGUUGGACUGCGGGGCAGCUCCUGGGGCCUGGAGUCAGGUGGCAGUGCACAGCGUCAAUGCCACAGGCAGAGAUUCCAGCUCUCCUGUUGGCUUUGUGCUUGGGGUGGAUCUUCUUCACAUAACUCCCCUGGAAGGAGCAACUUUUCUGUGCUCUGCUGAUGUGACUGACCCGAAAACCUUGCAGAGGAUCCUAGAACUGCUUCCUGGGGGGCGGGCAGAUGUGAUUCUGAGCGACAUGGCACCCAAUGCCACUGGGAUCCAGGAACUUGAUCAUGACAGGCUUAUCGGCAUGUGCCUGUCACUUCUGGACAUGGCUUCAGUUGUCCUGCACCCAGGGGGAACACUGCUUUGUAAGACCUGGGCUGGAAGUCUAAGCCAGCAGUUUCAGAAGAGAUUGACAGAGGAAUUCCAGAACACAAGAACUGUGAAACCCAUGGCCAGCAGGAAAGAAUCAUCAGAGGUGUACCUCUUGGCCACACAGUACCGUAGAAGGAAGGGCUCUGUGAAGCCAUGAGAGGUCCUGCCAUUCUUAAAUGGAUGCUGGGUCUUUUUAAACUGUGGAUGUGGCCUGAGUGCUUUCCUGAGGAGUGGCUGGGAGCUUUGCUGUGACCAUGAAGGUCUUUGAUUUAAACCAAACAGAGAUGACAUACUAUAUUUAAGGGCCAUGAAAAAUGAUUAAAACCAGGUUUCUAUAUCAUGAUUUUUGCAGAGAAAGUUAUCAGGAGAAAGAUGUGGAGACUGAAGGAUGUAAAGAGAUGGGAGGAUAAAAAUGACUUGCUGAGACAGAGCAAGUAGAACUUUCUCAGUUUAUAGACUCUUAGCCUAGUACAAAGAAACAGGUGUUCCUUUACUGCUUUCGGAACACAAUACAUUGUUUCCCAGUUGUUAUUUUGGCUAUAUAGUAUAAAGUAGAAAAAUCUGAAAUUUCCAUCUGGGGAUUAAUUUCCAUCUUUUUGGUGAAUAAUCUGGAAAUACGUUCAAUCUUAAAACAGUGAGAACUCCCAGAGCAAUUAGGAGAGACAUUUGGUAUGGAUUUAUGCACGGAGUGGGUGUGCUUUGGUUUGUGCUAGAAGUAUGUAUUGCUGUAAUGUAGCAGGCUCUCAAGACUAUAAAUUGCAAAGCCAGCAAUGA